UUGACCUUAACCAAACAAUUAACAUGGCUUGGUGCCUAUAUUCACUCCAUUUAACUUCUGACUUUAAAGUUUAAACUCUCCAUCAAAUGACACAUGUCCUUUCCUUCCUUAUUAUAUAUUCUUCAUCUUUGAAUCAAUUCCCCACCACCAUCACUUCUGGCCCUUCCACCUUGUGACACUGUGUCUGAGUGACACAUUGAUUCACUCACCUUCUGUCAUGGCUCUCUCUGCUGUAUUCUCAUCCCCUCUCCAUUUGAACCAAGCAACAACUCAUCUGGGUUCUCACUCUAAAUGGGGUGCAGAUCUACUCUGCUUAUCCCAACACAGACUUAUCCAGGUUAGGAAAAGGACGUAUGGGGUUUAUGCAUCACUAUCAGAGAUGGGGGAGUAUCAUUCACAGAGACCACCAACUCCUCUGCUUGACACCAUAAACUAUCCAAUUCAUAUGAAGAAUCUCACUACAAAGGAGCUGAAACAACUUGCGGAUGAGCUGCGUUCUGAUGUAAUUUUCAAGGUUUCUAGAACUGGAGGUCACCUGGGGUCAAGCCUUGGUGUAGUGGAACUCACUGUUGCCCUCCACUAUGUUUUCAAUGCUCCUAAAGAUAAAAUAUUGUGGGAUGUGGGUCAUCAGUCUUAUCCACAUAAAAUGCUCACUGGUAGGAGGGGUAAGAUGAAUACCCUGAGGCAGACAGAUGGACUAUCUGGAUUUACAAAACGCUCAGAGAGUGAAUAUGAUUGCUUUGGCACUGGUCACAGCUCAACAACAAUAUCAGCAGGGCUAGGAAUGGCUGUUGGAAGGGAUCUGAAGGGAGAAAAGGACAACGUGAUUGCUGUAAUUGGUGAUGGUGCCAUGACAGCUGGUCAAGCUUAUGAAGCCAUGAACAAUGCUGGAUAUCUUGAUUCUGAUAUGAUUGUUAUUCUAAAUGAUAAUAGACAGGUCUCUCUACCAACUGCUACUCUUGAUGGUCCCACCCCACCUGUAGGUGCUUUGAGUAGCGCUCUCAGCAGGUUACAAUCAAAUAGACCUCUCAGAGAACUGAGAGAGGUUGCAAAGGGAGUAACUAAACAAAUUGGUGGCCCUAUGCAUGAAUUGGCUGCAAAAGUUGAUGAAUAUGCUCGCGGCAUGAUCAGCGGUUCUGGAUCAACACUGUUUGAAGAGCUUGGGCUGUACUAUAUUGGUCCUGUUGAUGGUCAUAACAUAGAUGAUCUUGUUGCCAUUCUCAAUGAAGUUAAAAGUACCAAAACAGCUGGUCCUGUACUUAUCCAUGUUGUCACUGAAAAAGGCCGCGGAUACCCAUAUGCAGAAAAAGCAGCAGACAAGUACCAUGGAGUUACCAAGUUUGAUCCAGCAACUGGGAAACAAUUCAAAGCCAAGCCAACCACCCAGUCAUACACAACAUACUUUGCAGAAGCUUUGAUUGCAGAAGCAGAAGCUGACAAAAACAUUGUAGGAAUCCAUGCUGCAAUGGGUGGUGGAACUGGCAUGAAUCUAUUCCAGAAGUAUUUCCCAACAAGAUGCUUUGAUGUGGGGAUAGCAGAACAGCAUGCCGUUACAUUUGCUGCGGGUCUGGCUUGUGAAGGUCUUAAGCCUUUUUGUGUAAUUUACUCAUCAUUCAUGCAGAGAGCUUAUGACCAGGUGGUGCAUGAUGUGGAUCUUCAGAAGCUGCCUGUAAGAUUUGCAAUGGACAGAGCUGGAUUAGUUGGAGCAGAUGGUCCAACCCACUGUGGUGCUUUUGAUGUCACUUUUAUGGCAUGUCUCCCAAACAUGGUUGUGAUGGCUCCUUCUGAUGAAGCAGAGCUUUUCCACAUGGUUGCUACUGCAGCUACCAUUGAUGAUCGACCUAGUUGCCUCAGAUAUCCAAGGGGAAAUGGGGUUGGUGUUGAAUUACCACAAUGGAACAAAGGCACUCCUCUUGAGAUUGGAAAAGGUAGGAUUUUGAUUGGAGGGGAAAGAGUGGCCCUCUUGGGCUAUGGAUCAGCUGUUCAGAGCUGUGUGGCUGCAGCUUCCUUACUGGAACACCAUGGCAUGCAUGUAACAGUGGCUGAUGCACGUUUCUGCAAACCAUUGGAUCAUUCCCUUAUUCGUAGCCUAGCAAAAUCACAUGAGAUUUUGAUCACUGUAGAAGAAGGAUCAAUAGGGGGAUUUGGGUCUCAUGUUGUUCAGUUCAUGGCCCUUGAUGGUCUUCUUGAUGGAAAAUUGAAGUGGAGGCCAAUGGUUCUUCCUGAUUGUUACAUUGAUCAUGGAUCACCUGCUGAUCAAUUGUCUCAAGCUGGUCUUACACCAUCUCACAUAGCAGCAACAGUUUUGAACAUGCUUGGACAAACAAGAGAGGCACUAGAGGUCAUGUCAUGAAAGAAAAUGCAACUGGGAUGUCUUUCAUUCCCCCUUAGUAUACAGAGUAGCAUGAUUCAUUCACCCUGUAUAAUACAGAGAUAAGAGAUGUUAGCAUAAAAUUAGUUAGUACAGGAGGAAAAUGCAGAUUAUCACUCCAAUUGGUUGUAAUCGACCAAGAAUAUCAAAUUUUAAUGGGUGUACAGAAAUGCAUUUUGUUUUCGGUUA